ACACUUUUAUCUAGAUAGUGGAUUUGUCAAAAUUGUUUGACUGUUUUAACUGUUUAGCUUAUCGUAACGUUAUUACAAAUUUAAAGUUUUGUUUUUUUGAGUAAUAUUGGAGAAUAUUUGUUACUUAAUAUCGCAUUGUUGUCUUACGUAUUUUAAUUUAUAUCCAUAAUGGUAUAUAUUUUUUUAAUUCAUAUUUCAUGACUUCUAAAUAUUUAAUUUUGAAUUGUAUUAUUUUUUUUUACAGUUACCUUUAUCACUAUUAAAAACUGCUCAGAAUCAUCCAAUGGUAUGUAUAAAAUGCACACAUGUUAUGAAUAUAAUACAUUCAAAUUACUUAUGUUAUAUUAUAACAUGUGAAGUAUUUUGUCUUAAUAGUUAUUUGUUACUUGUCUAGGUUAAAAUAGAAAAUAGUUAAAUUUUAUGUUUGACUAAUAGCAAAAUUAUCGGAUUAAUUUUUAAAUAUAUAUUAUGUGCUAUACCUAAUAAUAAAGUCAAUAAUAGUGUAGAAUACCUCAAUUAUUAAAGUAUUCUACAUUUUUCUAUAAUUGGUUUAAAAAAUAUUGUUUUUGUUGGUUACACAUUAUUUUCUCUAAGCAGAACUUCACAACUUUUAUGUUUUGAGUGUAGGUCUGUGUAUAGAUCAACAAAGUUAGUGGAGUUAUAAGACUUAUAAUACUAAGGAGUUAUAAGUUCUUUUUAAAUUUCUAAAAUCUAUAGGUACCUAAUUGAUUAUUAUCAAAUAUAAAUUAAAACAUUAUUAGGUAGUCAAAUUAGAUUGAAAGGAUAAAAUAUUUUUCUAUUUAUGUAAUUAUAACUUUAAAACAUGAUAUUAUUUAUACCAUAUUAUUUUUAGCUUAAAACCAAUGCUAAAAAUUCAGAUUCAUUUAAGUUUCUAUUAUACUUAAUAAUUUUGGUUAUAAGAUUACUUUUUUCUUUUACCCAAUUUUUAAUAACUUUGUAAUUAAGAUUGUAUUUUAAAUGUCUCAAUAUAAUUUAAUGUUACAUAUAGUGUAGUCGUACAUUUAAUAUACUUUUAAAUUAAAAUAAUUUUUUAUAGUUGGUGGAGUUAAAAAAUGGUGAAACGUACAAUGGACAUUUGGUGACAUGUGAUAGUUGGAUGAACAUAAAUUUACGGGAAGUGAUUUGCACUUCUAAAGUAUGUAUAAAUCGUAUAAAUAAUAUUUAUUGGUGCUUCUGUAUACAAAUUGAUAGACAAUAUAGAAUUUUCUAUCAAAGAAGAAUAUCUAUUUUAUUAAGUGAUAAACAUACCUAUUAUUAAUUGUUCUAUAAAAUAUAUAACUAGUCAGUUCCAUUAAAUGUAUUAAUUUUUUUUAUAAACCCAUUAAAAUACUCAUUAUAUUUUUCAGUUGUUCUGAAUAAGCACUUUUUAAAUAUUUCAUCUAUAAUAUUUAUUUAAGCUAUAUAUUACUAUGGAAUUAAACGAUUCUAAAUAUAUUACAUUCAAAUCAUCCUUAAAUUCCUGUAUGAAUUAAUUAUUUUAUACAAAUAUUUUUACUAUAGGUAUUUUGAGAUUUCAAUGUUAAUUUAAUAAUAAUAACUGAAACUAACAAACAUAAAUUAUUAAUAUCAAUUUAAAUAUGAUCUACUUAACAUAAUUUAUUAUCCUUAAUUUUUUUAAUUUGUAUGUAUUCUAUGUAAUUUAUUUAUUUGAAACAUAAAAUUAUACUUUUAUUUAAUUAUUGAUUUUAAUUUAAUACAUUAUAGGAUGGAGAUAGAUUUUGGAGACUUCCAGAAUGUUACAUUAGAGGUAGUAUGAUUAAAUAUUUGAGGAUACCUGAUGAAAUAUUUGAUAUGGUAAAAGAAGACAUUGUUAUAAAUAAAGCCCGUGGUCGUACAGAUAACCAGAAAAAUCGAGCUCCUAGAGGAGGUAGACAAGGUAUUAUGAUUUAAAUUUUUUGUAUAAGGUUAUAAAUUAAAUCAUACAUUUUUUCUAUUGUAUAUAAUGUACAGCACACUUACAUAGUCAUAGGCAUAAUAAAUGUCAAGAAGUCAUGAUUCAUAGAAUCUAAAAAUAAAACAAUUUUUUAACAUAUAAAAGAAUUCUUAAAUAUUUUACUAAUUUUCAAUAUUUUAGGUUUUGAAAAACCUAAAAUGGAAAUUAUGGACAUUAUAACUUUGAAUACACAAUUUAUUUAAAAAAAAAAAAAUGUAAUGUAAAAUUGAAUAGAACUAUAGAACUGCAAGUAUCAUAAUAGGCAUAAAUUAUAUACCUACUAUUUAGCAAUUUGUUUACAUUUUGCAAUGGCUCUGUGAUAAUGUACCUCUGUAAUUACCAAAAUGUUUAUUUGAUUAAAAUGUAUUUUAUAUUUUAGGAUUUGGAGGAAGAGGAGGAAGUGGUAACAACCGAGGUGCAGGACAACAACAAAGAGGUGGCUCUAAUAAAUUCAGAGGCAAAUAAACUUUUAUCAACUUAAUAUUAUUAUAUAAAUUUAAUUUCAGUCAUGUAUUAUUAUUUCAAUAAUAUAUAUUUUUCUUGUGUUUUGGCCUUAAUUACCUCUAUAUUCAACUAUGUUUUCUACAACUUUUCUCCAGCUGAUUUCCAGUUCUACUACCUUAAUGUUUUCCUUCAUAGUUUUUUCACCUUAACCUUGACCUCCCUAAAGACCUUUUUCCUAUGGGAUUUUCUUCAAACACUACCAAACUAAAGCUCCUUAUUUACAUCUGGUAUAGCCAGUCCACAUUAGUCUCAUUUAAAAAUAAUAUUUAAUAUCAACAUUUUUUUUUUUAAUCUCAUUUAAUUAAGUUUAAGAUACUAAAAAAGUUAAAAUAAUAUUAUUAUUGUACUUUUCUAUAAUUAAUGUUUAAUUUUAAUUUAGAUUAUAAAAGAAAUAGGAAAUAUGUAUUGUAGUUGAAUGUUUAAUCAUGAAGUUAAUGUAUUACAUUUAAUGAACAUAUUAUAAUUCAAAGGCUGGAUUACAGUUUUAAUGAUAGUACAAUAAUUAUUUAAUUCAUUUUAAAGUUUAGAAUAUUUUAUUUAUGACUUCCAUUUUAAAUUAUAGACUUCCAUCAUUUGUCAUACAGUUGACAAAAACGUAAUUAUAUUAUUAAGUUUUAAAUUGUAUUAUAAUUAAUGUAUCUUCUGGAACAUAAAAUAUGAUGUUUGUUAAAUUAAAACCAUUCCAUUUAA